GAAAUUCAUAUAUAUACACAUCAACUUGAUCAUUCAUAAAACCUUACGUUCCAUCUUCUCUACCGGACAAGAAUAUAUAUCUCUCUUUCUCUAGAUAUAUAUACCCAUAUAUAAUAUCCAAAACACUUACACACAAUCUUCCUUUAUCUCUUCUCUUCCUCCUAACAAAAGCACCACGCCAAAAGCCGUAUAUACGAAUCAAGAACACAACAUAAACUCUCAUAUAUCGCUAGUCCUCCUAAUUAUGGAGAAUGAUAUAUGCAAGGAAGGAUCAGCAAUCUCGAGAAACUUAUCUGUCGGAUACUACGAUGAUAGGAGGUCAGAAGGUGUUCCGUUCAAGUGGGAGAUGCAGCCAGGGACUCCCAUUAAAUCUCAGUCGCAGGAAACUAUUCCUCCAUUAAGUCCUUCUCCGGCUAUGCUCAGCCUCGUCCUCCCGAAGCCUUCCAUCUCCAUCGAAGAGCCAAAUAACUUUGUAUUUCCAGCGAAGCUGAAGCGGAAGCUGCGGAAUUGGAAACAUUUUCAUUGCAAAAGAUAUUUUUCUAGAUUGACUAACAAAAUGGCAGAAGAAGAAGAAGAAAGGAGAAGGCACCCUGUGCUGGCCAAAACUUUUUCCCUAGAGGAUGAGAAAGAUUCUGAGCACACAGCUUCGAAUGUAAUCCGCAAGAUCCUCAGCCUCUUUAAGAACGUGCGCCCAGGAUCCGAUCUCACCAAUUUCCAGCUGCCACCUCAGCUGAACCUACCAAGAUCAAACCUCCAAUGUUACGGCGAGAUGGUCUACUUAUGCAGGAAGGAUCUGCUUGGGGAAUGCAGUCGUCGUGAUCUUCCCAUCGAACGGCUCAAAUCGGUGGUGACAUGGAACAUUUCCACGCUCCGUCCGCUGAUAUUUGGCAUGUCUCCUUACAAUCCCGUUCUCGGCGAGACUCACCACGUCUCCAACGGUCACAUCAACGUCAUCGUCGAACAAGUAGUGCAUCAUCCACCGGUGUCCGCACUUCAUGCGACUCACGAGAAGGAAAAGAUCGACGUGAUUUGGUGUCAAUAUUUCACUCCUAAAUUUCGUGGUGCUUACGUAGAUGUUGAGAUAAAGGGUAAAAGAGUAAUGAAGCUUCUCAAUCACAAAGAGACUUAUGAGAUGAACCAACCGAGACUAAUUAUGAGAUUCUUACCGACGCCGGGAGCUCACUGGACAGGAAAAGUCAAGAUAAAGUGUCCGGAGACCGAUCUUGAAGCUGAGAUAAAUUUGAUUUCCGAUUCAUUCAUCGAAAGAUUCAGAGGCAACAACAAUAGAUCCAUUAAAGGAAAGAUCUUUGAAUCUUCCACUGGUACUCAGCUCUACAACAUCUUUGGCCAUUGGGACAGAACAGUAAUGGCUAAAAAUCUAAAGACUGGUGAGCUCGAGGUUAUAUACAAUGCCGAGGAGAAUAUCACAGGACUCAAACCUCCAAUAGUCAAGAAUCUUAAAGAGGUAAUGGAGUACGAGUCAGCGAUUAUAUGGAGUGAAGUAAGUGAAGGAAUACUGAAGAAAGAUUGGGAAAGCGCAAGGGAAGCUAAGUGCCUUGUGGAGGCGAAGCAGAGAGAGUCUCUGAAAAACAGAGAGGCUUCAGGUGAGUUAUGGGUUCCUAAACACUUCUCAGUGGUCAAAGACGGUAACGACUGGGACCUCUCACCGUUACAGCCCACGGUUCCUCGGGGUCCACUCGUCAUCAUAGAGGCAGAAGGGGAGAAAUCAUAAAUCAGUUUCAAGAUUCCAACACUCUAUGUUGAUAAUAGCUUAUAAGUUAUAUUAUAGUUAAAAGUUAACAUAUAAUUAGGCCGAUAAUGACAUGUCCGUCAAUAAGCAUAAAGGUGAUAAAUGGUGUUUUUGUCACUUCAUUUGAGGUUGAAUGUAUCAUGUAUGUUAGGGGUAGAUCCACACCCCUUACCAAAGGGCUCGGCCCAUUAAAGGCCCAAAUAAACCUCCAAAGAAGGAAGGAUAUUUUGGUCUUCUUAGGAGGACGAAUUGACACAGUUCCCCAUAAAUACGGACGUACAGUGUCCGUAAAAAGGGAUUGACAGAAAAUAGGAAAAAGACGAGUCAUAAGUAUUGAUUCCUUCGCUCGAAGCUUUGAAUCGACGAGCUUGCAGCUCGUCCUUCAUCUUACUUUUCGCUAUCCUAGCUCACUUUGUAGCCCAUUCUUUUUGUGCCCCGACACCAAUUAAUAAAGAUCUUUUCGACC